GAACAAAUUGCACAGGAGCUCUUUGCCCCAUCUACUGCGAGAAUGAAGACCAUUCUCAGCAAUCAGACGGUCGACAUCCCAGAAAAUGUCGACAUCACUCUGAAGGGGCGCACAGUCAUUGUGAAGGGCCCCAGGGGAACCCUACGGAGGGACUUCAAUCACAUCAAUGUAGAGCUGAGUCUUCUCGGAAAGAAAAAGAAGAGGCUCCGGGUUGACAAAUGGUGGGGUAACAGAAAGGAACUGGCCACUGUCAGAACCAUCUGCAGUCAUGUUCAGAACAUGAUCAAGGGUGUUACACUGGGCUUCCGCUACAAGAUGAGGUCUGUGUAUGCUCACUUCCCCAUCAAUGUUGUUAUCCAGGAGAAUGGGUCUUUGGUUGAAAUCCGAAAUUUCUUGGGUGAAAAAUACAUCCGCAGGGUUCGAAUGAGGACAGGUGUUGCUUGUUCUGUCUCUCAAGCCCAGAAGGAUGAAUUAAUCCUUGAAGGAAAUGAUAUUGAACUUGUCUCAAAUUCAGCGGCUUUGAUUCAGCAAGCCACAACAGUUAAAAACAAGGAUAUCAGAAAGUUUUUGGAUGGUAUCUAUGUGUCUGAAAAGGGAACUGUGCAGCAGGCUGAUGAAUAAGACCUAAGUUAACCCUGCUCCAGAAACAAGAUCCUGAAUUAUAAGUUUGAUUUGGGGUGUCUUUUAGAACAAUAAAACUCACUGAUUUGUUUAAAAAAAAAAAAAAAAAAAAAAAAAAACAAA